AUGCCCCCGAGAGCGUCGACGAGGUCGACCCGAUCAUCGACGCGCGCAUCGACAGCAUCGCGCGCCUCAUCCACCGUGAACACGGACGUGCCGGACGAGGGGCCCGACAAUGCGCUGCGCACCCAGAUUGCGAGCGUGUUCCGCGAGGCGCAGCGGACGACAGCAACGCACCGUAAGCUCGUCGUGACCCUGCGCAAGAUCCAGGAGGCGUGCUGCUACGAGCCGACGAGCGUCAAGAAGUCGGCCUCGACGGCUGCCGCCACGGCCGCCGACUUUGACGAAGAUGACUUCAACGCCGAGUUUGUGCGCUGCGUGUUGCGCGUCAUGCCCAUCAAGAAGAGCGAGAGCGUCGGCGAGAAGACGAUCCGCUUCAUCGGCCUGUUCCUCCGCCACGCCGUCGACAAGGACAACGCAGCCGUCGGCGAGCUCGACCCGGAUGCCAGCACCAUGCCCGAGACCCCCGGCACGCGCCUGACCGCCCAUCUGGUCGAGACGAUCCUGCCGCUGAUGACUGCCAAGGACAAAUUUGUGCGCUACCGCUCGACGCAGCUGAUCUCGCACGUCGUCAACUCGCUCGACGCCAUCGACGACGAUCUGUUCCAGAAGCUGCGCGCCGGCCUGCUGAAGCGCAUCCGGGACAAGGAGGCGAUGGUGCGCGCCCAGGCCGUGCUGGGCCUCGGCCGGCUCGCGGGGAACCAGGGCGACGCGGAGCCGGAUUCGGACGACAGCGACGACGACGGCUCGAGCGGCCUGCUGGAGCGGCUGCUCGAGGUGCUGCAGAACGACCCCAGCGCCGACGUGAGGAGGUCGCUCCUGGUCAACCUGCCGAUCCUGCCGAGCACCCUGCCCUACCUCCUCGAGAGGGCGCGGGACCAGGACGCGGCCACCCGCCGGGCCGUCUACUCGCGGCUGCUGCCCGCCCUGGGCGACUUCCGUCACCUCUCCCUCUCGAUGCGGGAGAAGCUGCUGCGCUGGGGCCUGCGCGACAGGGACGAGAACGUGCGCAAGGCCGCCGCCCGCCUCUUCCGCGAGCGCUGGAUCGAGGACUGCGCGGGCACGCAGCCGCCCGCCGAGACCGGGCAGCCGGCCGAGGCGUCGCCGCCCAACCUGGACGCCCUGCUCGAGCUGCUGGAGCGCAUCGACGUGGUCAACUCGGGCGGCGAGAACGGCGUGGCCCUGGAGGCCAUGAGGGGGUUCUGGGAGGGCCGCCCGGAUUACAGGGAGGCCAUGAUCUUCGACGACAACUUCUUCGAGACGCUCAGCGCCGAGUCCGUCUUCGUCGUCCGGACGUUCAACGACUUCUGCCGCAACGAGGGCAACGGCAAGUUCGAGUCGCUCGUCGAGGAGAAGCUGCCCGAGGUCACCAAGGUGGCCUUCUACCUCGAGCGCUACAUCAAGGUCCUGAUCGACGCCAUCAAGCGGGCCGAGGAGCAGGAGGUCGAGGACGAGGAAGAGGAAGAGGACACGGCAGAACAGGAGUUCAUAGUGGAACAGCUGCUGCACAUCGCCCUCACCCUCGACUACUCGGACGAGGUCGGCCGUCGCAAGAUGUUCUCCCUCCUGCGGCAGACACUGUCGAUCCCGGAGCUGCCCGAGGAGGUGACCAAGCUCACGGUGGCCGCGCUGCGGGACAUCUGCGCGCCCGACGCUGCCGGCGAGAAGGAGUUCUGCAGCAUCGUCCUCGAGGCCGUGGCCGACGUCCACGACACCAUCGUCGACGAUGUGCCCGAGAACGACGACGAGAGCUUCCACUCGGCCCGGUCCGAGGUCAGCGGCGACACCACCCCUACGCGGAGCGGAAAGAGCAAGACUCCCGAGCUCUCCGAGGAGGAGGCCGCCCAGAAGGCCAUCAAGGAGAUCAUGAUCAACAUGAAGUGCCUCCACAUCGUGCAGUGCAUGCUCCAGAACGUGUCGGGCGACCUGCAGCAGAACGACCACCUCGUGGCCAUGCUCAACAACCUCGUCGUCCCCGCCGUCCGCAGCCACGAGGCGCCGGUGCGCGAGCGCGGCCUCGUCUGCCUCGGCCUGUGCUCCCUCCUCGACCGCUCGCUCGCCGAGGAGAACCUCACCCUCUUUAUGCACUUCUUCACCAAGGGCCACACCGAGCUCCAGAUCACGGCCCUGCACAUCCUCACCGACAUCCUCAACGUGCACGGCGCCCAGCUCCUCUCGUCCAACCCGGCCCUGCUCAAGGUGUACGUCAAGGCCCUCCGCUCGGGCGCCAAACACCCAGAGGUGCAGGCCGCCGCCACCGUCGCCGUCUCCAAGCUCCUCCUGGGCCGCGUGGUGAGCGACCACGACGUGUCGGCCGAGCUGCUCAAGACGCUCGUCAUCGCCUACUUCGAGCCCGCCUCCUCGGGUAACCAGAGCGUCCGGCAGGCGCUCAACUACUUCCUGCCCGUCUUCUGCUACUCGCGGGCCGAGAACCAGGACCUGAUGCGCUGCAUCGCCCUGGAUGCGCUCCACACGCUCUACAACGUGCGCGAGGGGUUCGACGACGACGACGCCGACAUCGACGACGAGAUGGUCUCGCUGAGCACCAUCGCCGCCUGCCUGGCCGACUGGACCGAUCCCCGCAAGUGUUAUACGCCCCCGUCGGCCGGCGCCGAUGGUCUCGGGACGGAUGCUGCGGCCGAGAAGAGACACGUCAAUGCCGACGUGCAUCUGGACUUUGCCCACGACAUCAUCCAGAGGUUGGGCGGGAACGCGCCCAGAGAGGAAAAGAAGAUCAUCGCCGCCCUCCUCGGGAAGCUGUACGUCUCCCCGGCCUCGUCGGAAGACAAGACCCGCGAGGUGUACGCCGCCAUCUGCGACGCGGUCGACAACCAGCUGGUGUCGGACACGGCGAGCCGGAACGCGCUCUACAAGAUCCACGUCAGCCUCGGCAAGAUCGUCAACAGCCUCGACGCCGCGGCGGCCGCCUCCGAGGCGGGGGCCGCCGGCGCCGGCGCGCCGGGCGGGAAAUACCGCAGGAGCGUCAGCCGCGCCAGCUCGGUCGGGCUGGCGCCGUCCGAGGACAGGACGGUCGUCCAGCCCGACGUGAAGAUCAAGGAGGAGGAGAUGGAGGACGAGGACAUGGUCAGCGACACGGGCACGGCGGUGCACCGGUCGAACGACCAGAGCCUCGUCAGCGAGGCCUUGUCGGAGGACGGGGGGGAGGGGUAG